GAGCGACAGAGCGAAAACGGCGUUUGUAGUACCAUCAGGUUUUUAUGAGUUCCAGACCAUGCCUUUUGGCCUCUCUAACGCCCCUGCGACUUUUCAACGACUGAUGCAAAAAGUGUUACACGAAUUGAUGCCCCACAAGUGUCUUGUUUACCUGGACGAUGUCAUUGUACACGGAAAAACAAAAGACGAGCACCUAAACAACUUGGCGGAGGUGCUAACACGCCUAGUAAAUGUGGGCCUCAAACUCCAGCCCACAAAGUGCCAUUUACUACAGACCGAGGUAACGUAUCUUGGGCACGUCAUUUCGGGGAUGGGGAUUCGUACUGACCCUCGUAAG